AUGUCUGACGCCACCGAGACCAAACCCGACCCCGCCUCGACCACCGCGGCCGAAGAGACCACCACUACUACCACCACCACCACAGCUCCAGCUGUCGAAAAGACUGAGGCAGAGGAGGACAAGUCGGUCACAGAAAAGGUUGCUGAUGCGGCUACUGGCGCAGCCACCAAGGCAAGCGACAACGUGUUUUCCAUGUUUGGCGGCGGGCCCAAGAAGGAGAAGAAGGAAGAGGCCGAUGACGCUGACGAGCCGUCUGGAUCGUCCAAGGCGAAGAAGGAAGAGGGAGAGGAAGAAGUCGAGUCUCCCGAGGUGCACUUUGAGCCCGUCAUCCACCUGACCGAGAAAAUCGACACCAAGACCAACGAGGAGUUGGAGGAGCAGACCUUCAAGAUGCGCGCCAAGCUGUUCAAGUUUGACCGUGAAUCGCGCGAGUGGAAGGAGCGUGGAACUGGCGACGUGCGCCUCUUGAAGCACAAGGAGAACCAAAAGACCCGCCUCGUCAUGCGUCGGGACAAGACCCUCAAGGUCUGCGCCAACCACUACAUUGUCCCUGAUAUGAAGCUGUCGCCAAAUGUGGGCAGUGACCGUAGCUGGGUGUGGAACGCAGCUGCCGAUGUCAGUGAAGGAGAGCCCGAGGCCCAGACUCUGGCUAUUCGUUUUGCAAACAGCGAGAACGCCAACCUUUUCAAGGACGCCUUCGAGAAGGCUCAGCAAGAGAACGAGAAGCUAUUCUCUCAAGAAGCCUAG